UCUUAGGUAUUCAGAUUGUUACAAAAGGAUGCAGAGCAGGAGUCCCAAAUGAGAGCAGAAAUUCAGAACAUGAAGCAAGAACUCUCAACCAUUAGUAUGAUGGAUGAGUUUGCGAGAUACGCCCGCCUGGAGAGGAAGAUUAACAAAAUGACAGACAAGCUCAAAACUCAUGUGAAAGCACGAACUGCCCAAUUAGCCAAAAUAAAGUGGGUUAUAAAUAUUGUAUUCUACAUCUUACAAGCUGCCUUGAUGAUCUCUCUGAUUUGGAAGUACUAUUCGGAGCCGGUUACAGUGCUUCCAAGCAAGUGGCUUGCUCCACUGGAGCGCUUGGUAGCCUUUCCCACGGGGGUAGCAGGUGGUGUGGGAAUCACCUGUUGGCUUGUGGUUUGCAAUAAAGUCGUAGCUAUCGUGCUGCACCCUUUCAGCUGA